UAUGUUUUGACUGCCAAAUAAUGUUUGACUAUCAUUUAAAAAAUAACUUUGAACGACAGAUAUGGGGUAACUUUUUUGCUGAAUGGAUUAUGGAAUAUGCUUUAAAUUUACAGAAAACGCUGAGUUAGCCAAUAGGUUACUCAAAGGUACUGUUUAGACAGUGCUGAUUAGUGAUUAUAGGUUUUAGUCAGUGCAGUCAGUACCUAGUCACUCCCAAAACUAGAAGAACAACACAAAGUUAGGUUAAGGCUCGUCUCUUCCUCUCUCAUGACCUACCAAACGAAUUCGGAACAAAAUGGUAUCUUACGUCAUUACUAUGACGUUGCAGGUACCAAUUGGUUAACCAAAUGGUAUACCAACCAAAGCUUGCCGAAAUCGCCUAUUGUUUAUUUUUUUUUGAAUUUAGAAUUUAGAAUAAUGUUUUUUGCGUUUUUUGGAGUCUGAGCCGAGUUCGUAUGAUGCCGCAUUUUCAGUUCCACCAGAAUUUGUUUUUUGUUUUAGUCGAUAUUUUUCAAACAGGCACGGUUCAAUGCCAUCGGCUAAUCUAACAUAACUAUAAAAAAUAAUUUCAUUUGAAUUGGCGAAUUUUGAAAUUUUUAAAAAUGCUAGCUACGCAUAAAAAAAGAAAAAACGUGAAUUAGAAAAGAAAAUAACUCUACGUAAGAGGUUUUUAAAAUGUUCGAGUUUGAUGUAUCUUACAAAAAAGAUCCUGAAGAAGAAGAAAGUGCUGUCUCUACUCCACAAGUGAAACCAAAGAAACCAUUUGCCUGUACGUUUUGUGAACUAAAAUUUACUCAAAAGAGUCACCUGGCCAGUCAUUUUCUCAAUAAUCACAAAGAUAUUCCUGGAGCGGAAGACCUCAUAAGCAACAAAAUUCAUAGUUGUAAAUAUUGCGACUAUCGCACUAUUAAUUGUCACAAUUUAGCUUCUCACAAACUAUCGAAACAUAAAAAUAAGCAUCAGAAAUCAACAAAAAGUUUACAUUGCAUGUACUGUAAUUAUUCCACUAACAAUAAGGGCAAUUUUAUACUCCAUUCCAGAAGACACACAAAUGUAAAAUUUUACGAUUGCCAAUAUUGUGAACGUUCUUGCUACCAAAAAUCGAAUUUAGAUGCUCACUAUUUAUUUAAACACCGAUUCGAACCUGAAGUUGAAAAUUUAAUUACUAGUAAAGUAUAUAGGUGCGAACUUUGUGAGUUUAUGACGUUGAACAAAACUAAACACGGUAGGCAUAUAACUCAGUGUUGCAUUAAAGGAUUUUCUAGGCAAGAUUCAGAUAAAUGUAAGAAUUAAACUGUGAAAAUUGAUUUCUUUAGUAAUAAUUAUAGUGUUAGGCGUAACUUUGAAUUACAAAAGUACAAUUUUUAUAUUGGGGUAUUAUUGUAAUCACUGAACAAAAAUUGAAUCUAUAGUGGGCUAUUUGGGGACAUUUACAUUUUUUUUUAUAUAAAAAUAAAAAUAAGUUUUUAGAAUACAUAAAUGUGAAUAAAAGGGUACAUUUUUGAAAUGUAGUUUCCAUCUGUCCAUUUGUUUGAAAAUAUUGAACAUUUCUAGUUUUUAAAGGCAACAUUCAAGAGCUUGAAAAGUUUACCAUUUUAUUGAUGUAUUGAUAAUUGGGUGGGUUUCUGAAGGAAAUUGUGGAAUGUUUAGAAAAUACAAAUACGGGUAUUAGUAAUCAGGUUAUCGAAACCAACUACAAAAGUUUAUAUAAAUGAGCAAUCAUUAUAAUGUUUAAAGUGACCAGACCAGUGGCGACGCCAGGGGAGGGCCAGAGGGGGCCCGGGCCCCCCCUGAAAUUUAGCUGCCCCCCCCCCCCUGAGAACUUGCUCUCAUGCCGGCAACAAUGCAAUGCAACAUCAGCAGCCUGUGCCGGUUAAUUCGAUAUUCGGUGGGCACAGGUAAUCGCGACGGUGUUUUCGCUUUCCUGGGAUUCCCCCAAGAGUCGUAAACUAACAGAUGUGGAAUUCUGUAACGAAUAGAGAUAUUUUCGCUAUUGACGUCCCCUCUCUAUUGAUUUCGAAAAGAGAGAAGAAGACAGCAAGUGCCAUAGCAAAAGGGAUAAGGAUUUCUAUCCGUUACACAAUCCCGCCUCAGGAUUACUCAUCCUCAUAAAGCUUACUUUUCAUGCAUCCGUUUUUCCAUCAAUUCCAUGAUCCGGAAGUAUUUCUAUUGGUCCAAUAGGUUGGCGCCAAAAUAUUGGACCAAUAGGCCAGAUCAUCGGAUUGACGGAAAAACGGAUGCAUGAAAGUAAGCUUUGGUUACUUUUCAUGCAUCCGUUUAUCCGUUGAUCCGAAAGUAUUCCUAUUGGUUCAAUAUUUUGGCGCCAGAAUAUUGAACCAAUAGGAAUACUUCCGGAUUGACGGACAAACGGAUGCACGAAAAGUAAGUUAGGCGUACCUACGGUCCCCAUUUCUCCAGUCGUCAGGGCCUGCGAGUGACGUCACCAUUAUCAGCAGCUUAAAGCUUAAUACUCAUAACCGCGAAAGCCGCUCUUUUUUGACAUUGCUUCGACGAUUUGACGUUUGAUUCACGCAUAAAAUUGUCAAUGCAAUGUCAAAAAAGAGCGAAUUUCGCGGUUAUGAGUACUAGGUAGUGACGUCACCCGCAGGCCUUGAUGGAAUGCUUGCGAUUCAGGUUCGGCUAAUGCAUUUUACGCCGAAAGUUGAGGUCUGCGGCUGAAAUGGUAGACACUUUCAGCUCAAUAGGCAGUCCUAUAAGGUCAAGUUUUCUUGGGAUUCCCCCAAACAUAUUAGUGUCGACUUCCCAUUUUUUAUUCCAAAAAAAAAGCAAUAAAGUAAAAACAAGUGCCCCUCCCUAAAUUUUUCUGGCGCAGUCUGGCCCCCCCCUAAUGUAAUACCCUAGCGUCGCCACUGGACCAGACCUUGAAAGUCUAAAAGCGAGACAAGGUCACAAAGUUCUUUAAAAUCUCGUUUUUAUUUUCAUUUUUUGUUUUUUUGGGUACCUGGGGUAGUGAUUAAUGAAAUUACUUAUGUAGUUAUAGUAGUUAUACAAUAGUACAUUAAAAUACAAGUUUCAUAAGACGUCAUUUUAUCGCACGAGCCCUAAAGGGCGAGUGCGAUAAAAUGUCUUAUGAAACGAAUAUUUUAUACAAUUUUUUCUAUUUUGGUAUUGUUUAAUUAAAAAAAAAAAAAAAAAAUUCUUGGAAAUUUUAUUCCCAUAUUUCCUGAUUUCAUGUUUAGGUUGGUAACACUACAUGCCAAAAAUAGAAAUCUUCUUUUUUAUUUUUAUUUUCAUUAAUAAUAAACGAAUAUUUUAUACAAUUUUUUCUAUUUUGGUAUUGUUUAAUUAAAAAAAAAAAAAAAAAUUCUUGGAAAUUUUAUUCUCAUAUUUCCUGAUUUCAUGUUUAGGUUGGUAACACUACAUGCCAAAGAUAGAAAUCUUCUUUUUUAUUUUUAUUUUCAUUAAUAAUAAAAUCGCAAAUGACAGUUCGAUGGCCA